CGAAAUUGAUGUUUACCUUCUAUUUUUGAAGUCAACUGGAAGAAUUACAACGUAUCGUUCCAAAUGCUCCGUCGAAAGGAGCGAUUUCUGUCUUCUGCCGAUUCUUGAAAAUAACAUUAAAAAUGGCGGAAUGGCGGACAACAUGCCAGGCAUGUCAAUUCGUCGGCGUUUUCUUUGAAAAAAUGUAAAACAAGUUGAUUUAAAUGCAUCACAAAGUGUGUUGUAAUUAAAUGAGUUCACCAAAACAGCAGUUGGAAAAAUAGGAUGCACACCAUGAAUGCUUCAACUUCGUCUAAGGACGCUUGUCGUCUUUGCGAUGAAAAUAAAGAUAAAAUGUACAGCAUUUUCUCCAAAAAUAAGGAAGGCCAGCAAAUACUACACUUGAUCAAAGAAUGUUUGCCUCUAAUUAUAUAUAGAACAGAUCCUUUAUCUAAGCAUGUUUGUGAGGAUUGCUUUAGUAAACUAGAAACAUUUUAUAAAUUCAAGAAAACUAGUCUAGACACGGCCAACAAACACAAGAAACAUCUCCAGAAUACAAGGGAUGGGAACAGUAAAAGUGUCCAGCUGUACCUAGGGUGUGAGGAAACUGAAGUGAACCAAGUGACAGAUUCCAAAAACAUUCCUAAACAAAAUAGCAGAGGCACAUCAACAGAUGACCUUACAAUAUCCUGUAUCAACUGCAAAUCGACCUGCUUUGAUUCAAGCACCAUAAACAGUGAAGUUGAACUGUGUGCAGAGUUACAUAAGGCCAUAACUGACUCUUUAAGCAUUAAUAAAGUGGUGACGUCGUCAGAGUCUGAAAAAGUUUUAAGAAGUCGUAGAAGAAAAAGUCAGGCUUUCUAUCAUGAACUCGACGAUUCACUUUGUAGUAGUUUAACAGAAUUUACAAAUACUGAAAGCUCCCAAUGUUAUGAGGAGUAUCACACCGACGUGGAGUCGUACGACUCAGAAAAUGAAGACAUGGAGAGGGUAAAACGGCGCAAAUUGAACGACUCUGUAGUGAAUAAUAAAGACAAAAUCAAACGCGAGGUGGACGUUCAAAGAGUAAAAGAAGUUUACAAAGACGAAACCGAAUCUAGGUAUUUCCCCCUGAGUCUGAUGAGUUUAGCCUUAAAUGUAAUAAACAAGAGAAUAGUACCCGACCAUCAACCGAAUGAAUUUUAUGAAAAGUUAGUUGAACCUCAGUGUACAUAUUGCAAUUUAAAGUUCAAAAAUUCCAAGUUGUUAGCAUUACACGAAGUUGAGCAUAUAAAUAUCGAGUUGGGGGAAAAAGUGGACAACCCCAUUCCUUGGCACGAGUCACGUGACGAUUCUCACGUGCGCAACAAAUGGCUUAGUAGUUACGACGAGGUGGAGUGCGAGGAAGACCCCGGUGAUUUCAUGGAAGUUGACACGCCCUCUGCUGGCGAAAGUCUCCUAAUCCCAGUUGGGACCGAAAUCACGCAAGAGGAAGAACAAAUCACCAGUGACAUCGUACUCGUGUUGGCCAAACCUACCGUCAACGGAAUCGGCCUCGCGGAAUAUUCGAAAGAAGAAAGGAAAACUUUCUACAAGUCGAUGAAAAUAGGAGGCGUGAAUAAGAAAUUCUGCCCGUUAUGUCGGUACAGUUUCAAAGACAACUGGGCCAUAGAAUCUCACUAUUUCUCCCUCGCGUGCUACUACACUUGUCGCUACUGUGGCAUGCGUUUCAAUAAACAGAGGCAUCGGUUUGAUGAACAUGUCAAGGAGCACGAGGAGCAGGGGGACCCCUUGUCGACGAAAAUCUACGCCGCGAGUAAAUUAAACAACUUCGUUCCGCGGAUCAUCCAGCCGGAUAAAGUGAAGAAAAUCGUGGCCCAACACGAAAACGAACCAAAAAUGCAGCAACCAAUCAGGGUUAAGAAUUUCCCGCGGAAGAGUCUGCAGUCCAAUAUUAAAAUCAAGGAGGAGAAGAUGGACUCGGAUGAUGAGAAGCCGCCCCCGAUUCUGUCCAAGGCCCCUCAGACCGUGCCCAAGACCACCAAUCAGGCCUACUUCUGCCGGAAAUGCUACAAAGUGUUCUUCAAACUUGACGAAUUCAAUAUCCACAGCAAAAACUGUGACUACAAUCAGUUUCCUCAAGGUCGGAAUAACACGAAAUUCGCGACGCAUAGCUCGAAUGGCGAAGUUGUUUCACCGACGGGGCGUCCCAUGAGACAUUGCGUCCGAGAGACUGGUACUUAUAAAGACGACGCCUACGUACCAGAGGGUACAAAGGAAUCGCCCAAUCAGAAUCAAAGCUUCGUCUGUUUCAUCUGCAGCACACCUUUCCCGACUAUAUACUCCCGGAAUAGCCACAUGCGAAUCCACAAAGGGGAGACCACCACCCCUAGCAAGCCCACUAUGACAACUAGGACAAGGCAGAGUCUCAACAACUCCGAUUCGCAGUCCAACUAUCCGAAUUACAUCAAACGCGAGCCUCUAGAACCGGAGAUUCAGAUACACGAGACGGAGCACAAUUAUAAAAAUUCGAACGAUUCGAUCGGGUCGGUUAGUAUAACCCCAAUUUCAAAAAAUCCGAAUCAGAAAGCGACAAUUAAUCCGAAUAUCAUGAAGUUGGUGCAAAAUAACCCCCAUUUGACUAUUAAAGCGAACAGAUCACCGGAAAGACAGCCAGCGCCGUCGGCCAGUAAUACGCAGAAUAAUGCAUCGGAUUUGGAUAACAAGUCGUACAAGUGUUCGAGUUGUUGGGAACCUUUCUCAAAUAAGUCGCAUCUCUAUUUUCAUAAGAAGAACCAGUGUGAAGGUUCUAAAUAUCCUUGUCCGUUUUGCAAAAAGCGCUUUGGAACGGAAGCUGCUUAUAGUUCGCAUAUAUUUUACAGUCAUCCCGAGUAACCUUUAUUGCAUUUCACAAUGGGAAAAUAAAUUAGGACUCUAAGUACAAGUUGCUGUUCUUAUUCGGAAUUUUAUGGUCGCAAAUGCCAUUAGAGUUUUAUUUGUGAUAUAUACGUAAUUAUUUAUAAAUGAUAUUUGACUUUCAAAUCUCAUCGUGCGUGGAUCGCUAACAAUUAUUUUUUUUACUUUUUAUUUAUUUAUCAAAAAUACUCCAACCCAAAUUUUAAAGAUCUACUUUACAAUUAUUUAUUUCGGAAUUGAACAUUUGAUGUCACUUUUUCAGUAUUUUUUUUGUUCAUGUUUAGGUUAAGCCAUUUCCUAUUAUACUAAACGUAAUUUUAAAUUUUUGUAAAAUUAGAUUAAACACGUAGUUAUACCAUGUAUGUAAAUAAUCAUGUAACAGGUUUAUGAAGUGAAUACACUAUAUUUAGUA